AUGCGCGCUCAUUUUAUAGCGAAGACCCUAGAGCAGUUGUCAGAAAGAACAUAUAGACAACUUCUGACUGAAACAUGGAAUGAUAUCAAGCCAGAAAAACAGCUUUACACGAAUCUGCUGGCUAAUCGAGUGAGAUAUCUGCUUGAAAAUGAAAAGCUUUCAAGUGUCGAACUAGCAGCGAUUGAACAGAGCAUAUGGCCACAGACAGCGCCACCAGCAGAAGAGCAAGAACAAGAGCUCAACCAACUGGAAGAACUGCAAGAAGAACAACAGGAAGAAGACCAGGACGACCCACAAACCAGAAAAAUGAAGCAAAUCUUCGGCCGAAAUACACUACUAUACAGUGGUAUAAAUCCUGAAGCUAGGCUAAAAAUUCCUAGGAUGAAGGGAUCGCGCAUCAUGUUGGAGAAGGUGAGGAUGGUAGAUGCAAUUAUUGAAUCUCACAUCACAAGCGCGACAACAUUGAGAGAUAUAGUGGACCUGGUAUACACGGGAGCGGCCACUGUAUGUGAGGAGAUGGGAAAGUGUCUAACGGAACCACACAGAAAACCAAAGAAAGAGCAGCCCCCAUGGAGAGCCCGCCUGGAAAGAAAAGUAUUAAAGAUUAGGAAAAACAUCGGAUUACUACAUACUUACCUGAACACCGAGGUCGUAUCCAACAAAGUCCAUAAGGCGGUCCGUAGGAUAGCCUCUGAGGUCCGUAUAAACCUUAAAGCUUCUGACUCCCGGAUGAAGCUUGAAACCCUCAAUGAUCACCUGAAACAAAAAAUAAAAGCUCUAGGUAACCGUAUAAAACGCUACACUGAAAGUAAAAUGAGGUACGAGAAUAAUCAGUUGUACUAUAAAAAUCAAAAGCAAUUCUUUAGAAACCUGGAAAACAACAACAAUAGUGAUAAGGAACCUCCCAAAACAGAGGACAUGUACACCUACUGGCAGGCAAUAUGGGGUAACAACAAGCAACACGACGAUACGGCUCGUUGGAUCAGGGAGUCGGAGGCUGAAAGCUCCAGCCGUGAUACCCGGGCGCACGCGCCAAGAGUACCUCCGUGA